CGAGAUGCCACACAUCUUAAUUACGGAUCGUGGGUGCCCCGGGGAAGCUGCAAAAGGGCCCUUUUGGCGACGCAAGCGCCCGCAUGCAGGGCCGGGCUCCCGGCAUGCGGGCUGUUUGAAGUCUGGUGUCUGUCUCUGGUCUCUCCCCUUCUGAUCCAGCUCUGGCAGGCCGCGCUAAGCACGCUCAACCCCAACCCCACGGACAGCUGUCCCCUCUACCUGAACUAUGCCACCGUGGCCGCCCUGCCCUCCAGGGUGAGCCGGCACAACAGCCCUUCCGCUGCCCACUUCGUCACCCGACUUGUGCGGACCUGCCUGCCGCCCGGGACCCAUCGGUGCAUCCUGAUGGUGUGCGAGCGGUCGGACGCCUUCGCCUCCGCGUGCGCCCUGGCCCGGGCCUUCCCCCUCUUCACCCACCGCUCGGGGGCCUCGAGACGCACGGAGAAGAAGACAGUCACGGUGGAGUUUUUCCUGGUGGGACAAGACAACGGGCCAGUGGAGGUGUCCACUUUGCAAUGCUUAACAAACGCCACGGAAGGCGUGCGGCUGGCUGCCCGUAUUGUGGACACUCCGUGUAAUGAGAUGAACACAGACACGUUCCUCGAGGAGAUUAAGAAAGUUGGAAAAGACCUGGGGAUCACCCCAACGAUCAUCCGGGAUGAGGAGCUGAAGACGAGAGGAUUUGGAGGUGGGUAGAACUGAGCCUUGAAGGCCGUGGCCUCGGGCCGGUC